AUGGUUGACUGUGGCAGCCUACGCUGCGCUCAGGAACGGCGAUCUUUCAGGCGAGAUCUUCAAGGCUGGAGCAAAAAACUGCCACUAGUCUUAGGGUUAGAGAGAAUUGCAGCUGACUAUGUGGAUAAUGACACUGCCAAGCUGCUGUUAAAUCCUUAUCCAGCGUGGGAACAAGAGCUAACUCAAGAUUUUGAACCAUUAAAAAGAUGUUUUCACUGUGAUAAAAGACUUCCUAACAUAUAUAGACGUGUUCAGAGAAUUAUUAAUGAUGCAAAAAAGGGCAAAGAGAAUAAUGGAAAAAUUUGUCUGAAAUCCCUUCAAGAUCUUGUUCCCUUCUGUGCCGACUUCUACACCCAAAGUUUUGGGCAAGAGUUGUUUAGUGAUGUUGUCAAGUCUUACUUUUUAAGCGGUGUCCAACAGCCUGAACCUCAAGAAGAGCCAGAACCACAUGUAGCGCCCUCUCUUGGAAAUGAGACCAUUGCUAAGCUAAAAGUGCCACAUUUAACAAUAGCCAGGUCCAACAAAAAGUCUGAAGCGGGAAAGCAGAGUUACACAGAGAAGGAUUUAGACUGCGCUAUAUCAGAUAUUCGUAGUGGAAGAUUAGGCACCAGAAGGGCAGCUAUGAUUUACGGGAUUCCUCGAUCCACUCUCCGCAGCAAAGUGGUCAAACCUGAUCACGAAGAAAUUGUUCUGCCCAGGGAUGAAAAUGAAAGGCCAUGUGUAGUUGAUUUAAAUUUUCACAAACCUUGUCUUCAUCACCUGCCAAGUUUUCAAAUGUCAGAGCUCGGGUUGUUUGAUUUGAAUCAGCCAGCACGUAACAGGGACAGGGAACCGGCCUCAUUACUUCUACCUAUGAAAUCUCCUAUCAAUAUCAAACUUGAGCCAGAUGACCAAGAAUUUUUCCAUGAACAUCGCUUGAAGCAAAUUAGGCGCAUGCACAAUCUGAACGGACUCAGAGGAGUACAUCCUCGUCCGGCACAUGUGAAUCACCUAAAGCUACCAUUGCUCAUAGACGUUGUCCGCAAGCUUGUGCGCCAGAGGUUCAUGGAAGUCAAACAUGAUCAUGGAUGGAAGGAGAACUCCUUUGAAAUAAAUUCAAAAAGUGAUACUGAACUGUUUAGUCCCUUUGGACCAUAUUUGCCGGCAUUUUCUUCUCGUAUGUCCUCGGCUUACUGUGAUGAGAAUCAUUCAUCUCCUGUGUACAAAUGCAUUAUGGAUAGUCUUUACACAUACAAGAUGAGAGAUGAGACAUCAGUCCCCAAACCUUUUGGAAAAGUCAAUGAAAGCAGCCGCAUAGGAGAUACACUGAAAGAUAUAAUAGCCAAAACUAUAUCAGAAAAAAUGAAAUUGAGGGAUAGUAAUUCUGAUGAGUUUGAGAGUCCACUAGAAACCUGUCUACCAUCCACACCUGAAACACACACAACAUUUAUAGGGAGAUCUAGAAAUGAAAAUCUAGGGCUUGAGCCUAAGGUUGUACAAACAGGUAAGGAAUCAAAGUCCCUGAAUGAUUGUUGUUCUCCACCAAAACGUUCUCGAAAGGAUCAUGGCAAGUUGGAAUGUAUUUCCCCAGUCUUUACCACUCAUAAUAGUUCUUCAUCUGCAAAAAAAACACGACCGAAACGAGGGCAGUAUCGAAAGUACAACUCCCAGCUUUUGAUGGAUGCUGUGAAAGCAGUGCAGAGAGGAGAAAUGAGUGUGCAUCGUGCUGGUAGCUAUUUUGGUGUGCCUCACUCCACUCUGGAGUACAAGGUCAAAGAACGACACCUGAUGAGACAGAAGAAACCAAAGGAAGCCCAGUUACCGUGUUCUAGUUCCAAGAGUGCUGCUGUGCCUUCAGUGUCACAGACCACAGACAGAGAGUCCAGUCUCACCCCUGAAGAUGAUGGGCUUUUCACAUCGAAAAAACUUAGUGGCUCCUCUUCUGCUAGGUCAUCAGUAUCCUCAACAUCUCCUCCUCCCAACAUUUCCUGCCGCUCAAAAACUCCACCUGCAUGCCCAUCUCAGUCAUUUCCAUCUUCCUCCUCAUCCUCGCCCCUUCCAUUAACAUCUAGUGCCUUAAAUAUGCCUCCCAACAAAGAUCUCAGCAAUUUUGUUUGGUUUCAACCAUACUUGGCCUCUACAUCACAACACCUUGACUCAUCAAUAGGAUUAAUCCCCCCUAGCCUUUCUCACAAUAAUUCAGCAUCAGAGCUUCUAAGACAACUUCAGUAUAAGGUUCAAGCCAAAAGUUCUUCAUUCCAGACUGACUGUCCCUUUGAUUUACCAUGUACAAAAGAGCGUGUCUUUGAAUUUACACAGUCCAAUAACAUUGGCGCUGCCAUGUCAGACCGGAUGGCGCUUUACAACGAAUCUAUCUGA